UGCAUGAACGAAAGCGUGACGUCCGAAACGAUAUGGUAAGAGUUUGAUAACUUUUAUCUUUACUUUUUAUUUACAAAAGCAGAUUAUUCUCGAUAUACUUGAUUUCGACUGCCUACGAUGUUAUUGAAAAGUAUUAGAACAGUGUUGACUAAAAUAAAUUAUGGAAAUAGUUUCAUGUGCAAAGGGUUGUCAACAUCAGCUGUUCCAAAGGAGGAGAAAAUCAAAAUAAGAGACUACAAUAUAAACUAUUUAAAAGUUGGAAAUGGUCCUCACAACGUCUUAUGUCUGCCGGGAGCCCUGGGCACCAUUUGGACCGACUUCCAGCCGCAAGUGGAGGGGUUUGACAGGGAGAAGUUCACACUGAUCGUGUGGGACCCGCCCGGGUACGGUAAAAGUAGACCCCCAGAUAAGAAGUUCAAUGAAAACUUCUAUGAGAUCGAUGCCGAUUAUGCAGCCGAGUUUAUGAAGGAGCUACAAAUACCGAAAUACUCUUUGUUGGGUUGGAGCGAUGGCGGCAACACCGGCAUGAUCCUCGCUGCCAAGCAUCAGGCCGCGGUGCAGAAAUUGGUCGUAUGGGGCUCAAACUCUUUCAUCUUGCCGAACGAUCUAGAUCUAUGUAAAAGUGUAAAAGACGUAAGCAAGUGGUCAAAGAAAAUGAGGGAGCCAAUGGAACAGAUAUACGGUGACCACUUUCCACAGUAUUGGGCGGAUUGGACCGAUGGCUUGAUAAUUCUUUACGAAGCAAAGGACGGGAACAUCUGCUCCGACAUACUCAAGGACAUCAAGUGCCCAACACUUAUUUUGUAUGGAGAGAAGGACCCCAUGGUAGAUCCAGUCCACGCAUCACAUUUGCACACUCAUAUUCAGGGAUCCAGGCUACACUUAUAUCCGGAAGGCAAGCACAACAUUCAUCUAAAAUACGCCGCAGACUUCAACAAAAGAGUGCAAGAGUUUUUAUUACAAUAAAUUUAUUGUUGGGAUUA